AGUAGUACAAGAAUCAGGAUGGCUAAACUGACAAUGCCCGUCUUCGUUGCUGUCUUGGUGAUGGCCCUGUUGAUCACCGCGUCAUCUUCAGGAGAAGUUUCAACGCCAGAACGUGAUAGGGAUGCCUCCAAAGUGACAAAGGGUCACACUUCUGUGUACCAUCUCCAGAUGCAGAGUCACACACACAGCAGGAGGAGGGCUCUGACGGAUGUUCAGGACUACGACUACGGAGGCGCCAACUCCAAACACGACCCGCACAGGAAGCCAGGGAAUGGAGGACACUAGCUAAAUAGCUUUCCCAACCAGCCAGGGAAUGGAGUCCGGUGUUUUCGACUGCGCUUAUAUGCAUUCAUGCGUCGUGUAUGUGUGUCCGUAUUCAGGGCGUUUUGUAAUCCCAGACGGUUAGCUUAUCGAUCUGGUAAUGUUGUAAUGGUCAUAUGGUCAUCUAUGAAAAUGACCAUACUCAGAAACAUGAGAAAUUGCUAGAUCGAUUAUUGUAGCUCAAAUAAUAACAGUCGUUCCAUCCGUUCGGAAAUGAACGACGUGGUUUU